CGUGUGGAAGGCGGUCAUGAGUUGAUGCGUUUUCAUGCCAGAAACGUCAAAGUUGUUUUGCCACUACAAUGGAAACUGGAGAUGUGUUCUGGUUUGCUGCAGUCAUUUGCAACUGGAGCUUCACAAGGUCCUGCAGGGACGUUGGAAGCAGGAACGAGUGGUCAGGCGCUCAUGGGAAACACCUGGAGAGCAGUAUCAGUGGUGGAACAGUCCUGGACUACAAUCGUGGGGCAUCGGCACUUGGACUUUGGUCGACAGAGUCACGGGUACGAUCUUGCCAUCUCAAGAGGGAGGCAGCUCAGCAGUUGAAGGGCAUCACUGGAGGAGGUCACGACACAUUGAGAUCAGGUUGCUAUGGCUCAGAGCUAAGAUCGAAGCUGGUGAGAUCCAAAUUAGACAUAAGUCAGGAAAAGCAAAUGUGGCAGAUCUCUUCACGAAGUGUCUACCUACGGCAGACUUCAAACGACACCGAACAACUUUGGGUUUUGAAGUGAUAGAGCGACCUUUUGAAGACUUGAACGAACUUUUCUUCAUGGGUAGUGGAACAACUGAAAACCCAGAAUACUGUGUUGUUGAGGUUUGUUGUUCUUCGAACUCGAACGUGAAACGAGCAUGCAUACGAUCAGGAAUCAAGUACAUAGGGGUGACUUCGAACAUGGAACGACGGAGCGUUCAGGAACGUGUUCAGGAACUGGUUGGUGUGCAGGCCAAGCUUGGAAAGUGGAUACACGUGCACGUAUCCACACCGUGCAGGACAGGCCGGACGUCGUUGUCCAUGAGUGUGGAAUGAGUUUCACCUUUGAGGUUUGAAGGACC